GCUCAAAAGAGGAUUUUUUAUAAUAUAAAGUAUUGUUUGUAUGAGAGAAAAAUAAUUAAAAAGUAGUAUUAGUGGGAUUGGUAGAAAAGAGAAUAAUAAAAUAUUUGUGAAAGUGGAUUUUUAUUUUAUUAUAAUUUUUUUUUUGUUUUUUUUUUGGUGUUUAAAGAGCCAUAACGGCGAGUGAUGAGAAUCGAUCCUAGAAUCUCCUAGAAUGGGGAAGGAUGCUCUAACCACUUGAAAUUAUAAAAUAAUGGCAAAUCCUUAUCAAAAAUAGAAGUGUUGUAAUUAUUAUAAAACGGCCGAAGAUAGAAAGUGUUGUAUUUAAUAUGAAACGCAGAGAGGAGUAAAGAACCAAACAACACCAACUUCCAAAUUCAAUCUCAAGUCAAAAUUGGCCUAGUGCAGACUGCAGACCAAAUGGUCCAAACUCCAAAGUAGAUACCGAUGUAACUACAGUACGACCAGAAUGAUUUAGUCACAGUUUCAGAGUGCUGGCAGUCUGGCACACACCCCAAAUCAAGUUCCGGCGUCGUAGCUCAACCUUUGGAGGUUUAGAGUUUGCCAAUGCCAUGACUUCGCUAUGUACCAUCCUGUUUACUCUUCCGCUACUCUUUGUUUGCUGUAGUGCUAGACGUACAUAUCUGUUUCCUAGCAUAGAACAUAAGACUCCAAAGCAGCCUUUGCAGACUUCACGUCCAUACAACCUUGCACAUCGAGGUUCUAAUGGAGAAUUCCCCGAGGAAACUGCAGCUGCAUAUCUGAGGUCUAUAAAAGAAGGUGCAGACUUCAUAGAAACAGACAUUCUAUCUUCCAAAGAUGGUGUACUUAUAUGUCACCAUGAUGUAAUUUUAGAUGCUACGACAGAUAUUGUCGAGCACCAGGAGUUUGCAGACCGCAAAAGGACCUAUGAGGUCCAAGGACGUAAUGUUACUGGCUUUUUCAUUGUUGAUUUUACGUGGAAGGAACUUCAAACUUUGAGAGCUAAGCAAAGGUUCUCAUUCAGGGACCAACAAUACAAUGGAAAGUUUCCUAUUAUUACUUUUGAAGAGUACAUCUCUAUUGCUCUCAACGCUUCCAGAGUUGUCGGUAUAUAUCCAGAGAUAAAAGAUCCCAUAUUCAUAAACAAACAUGUGAAAUGGCCAAAUGGGAAGAAGUUUGAGGAUGUUUUUGUGGACACUCUGAAGAACUAUGGCUACAGUGGUUCAUAUUUAUCGAAAGAUUGGCUAAAACAGCCUUGUUUCAUUCAAUCAUUUGCUCCAUCAUCGCUUGUCUGCUUAUCAAAUAAGACAGAUUUGCCCAAAAUCUUUCUGAUUGGUGACACAGCUUGGAGAACAGAAGAUACUAACCAGACUUACUUGGAAGUCACUUCAGAUGCCUACUUUGACUACAUCAAAAAGUACGCUGUUGGUAUUGGGCCAGGGAAGGAUACGGUGGUUCCAGCAGUAAACAAUCAUCUACAACCCCCAUCUGAUCUGGUUGCCAGAGCACAUGCUCACGAUCUUCAGGUACAUCCUUAUACCUUUCGGAAUGAGUACCAAUACAUUCAUUUCGACUUUCAUCAAGAUCCUUAUAUUGAAUUUGACUUCUGGAUAAACAAGAUGGGGAAGGAUGGCCUCUUCACUGAUUUUACAGGAAGCCUUCAUGACUUCCAAGAAUGGACCUCUCCUCUCUCUCCCGGACAUGUACCAUUUGUCAUCCUUCUAUGCCAAAUGAAAGAUUGAUGUCCUUUAUGAAAAGAGAAGAAGGGUUGUACUUGAACUUGGAAAAAUGAAGAGAGAAUUUGGAGAAAGAAUUAGUGCAGAGGGAGGGGAAAAGAACGACAAGGGAAGAGCGAAAGUAACAGAUUUGUUAAAAGAUUACUCUGUAAGUCUGUAUUGAUCAAUAGGAUGAAGUGGUACAUAAUAAAAAGACUGAAAAUUUGGUUCAAUUAAAGGGUAUUCAAGUAAAAUCAUAUUAUAGGGACACUGUUGUGAAAUAUUUUACUCCGUAGAAAGUUGUACUCGUACAUGUUAGCUUCAAAUGGAGUACAUAAAUAUGUUGUGAAUUUUUGAAGGUUGAAGGUCGUCAUAACAAUGACAUUGAACAAAAUACUAAUUGGGAUGAAGAUUGAACAUUAUUGAAAGGAGAAUUUAUAUUGUACUCGUUUUUAAUUCUUUAUUUGUUCUUUUUUGUUU